GCCUUGAUAAAAUAUCAAAUUUCUUGAUCCAGUUGAUUUAUAAAGAAUGCUUAAUGAUGCGAUUUGUUCUCGUAACGAGGAAUUCAAAAAACAUAUUAAAAAGUCGAGAAAUGAACAGCAAAAGGCCCUUUUGAUUGCCUUUUUGUUAUAUUGUGCACCUGUUAUUGUUGCACUUGUUAAGCGUAAACUUGUAAAUAGUUAGAAUAAAAAAGUAGUAAAUAGUAAUGUUUGAAAAAAAGAUAGUCGU